AGAGUCGCAGCUGCUAUCAAGUCCCGCCAGGCACAUCGGGUCGUGCGGUCCCUCCCCAUCAACUGUGCCAUCUUAGAACAGGGCCCCAGGUGGAUCCCAGGCAAGUUUAUAAAACCAUAUCGGGAAGACAUCGUGAAGGAAAGCCACCCCCCGGACCACUCCCCCGAGACGACAGCUCCAGCGGAUACCACUGUUGCCUGGAGUUGAAAGAAAAGGAAGGGAAGCAGACCCAUUGACGCCGCCACAAGGACUCUGAUAACUAAUCGAUACUUCCCACCGGCUUGGACAGUUUACCCCCUGACCCCAACCCCAACCAUUCCUUACCCUUUCCCGUCCUACCACUUUCCUCGCCCCCCUUACCCUCACACCUGACCCCACAUUUUUUCUGUUUCAAUGUUAAUUUAAACGGGGGAGGAUGGGGAUUUGAAGGGACUUUGGUCUUAUUUUCUUUUUUGUAUGUUCGAGUUAUUAGAUUACUGACCACCCAGAUGGCAAUUACAUCAGCCAGAACACCCCGCAGCGACCGGCUUCCUGCAGCUGCCUUCGUCACCAUCUUAUGGCUCCACCUGGCAGGAAGCUGGCUCAUGCCACAGCCCAAGGAAAACGUCUGGGUCACGCUGGCAAAGUCUAUAGGACAAGAACAGCUUUGCAUGGCCAUGGGCAGUGUAGACAAUCCGUUGUCUACGUGCCUGGUGGGAGUCCCCCUGUCCGAAAAUGAUUUUCCGUUCACGGGGAUGAAACUCAACCCGGCAGAUUCCUGGAUGAGUUGGAUGAAGACACUACCACAGGCACCACAGGAACCCCAGGAAUUGGACCUACUGGGGUCCACAAGGGUCCACUUUUGUAUUCGGUUUUAUACUAAGGCCCCACAAACAAAACCAGGGCAAAACAUCAAAGACGUAACACCAGCAAAUAGAAAAUACAUCAAUGAGUGGUGCAAUUACACAGGCCCUGUGUUGUCUAAGUCCUACCCAUUCCCUAAGGAGCUCCCUCGGGGUGUGUUUCUCAUCUGUGGGGACAGGGCAUGGGCUGGGAUCGCCUCCAAUAUCAAAGGGGGUCCCUGUAGCCUUGGCAAGCUUACGACGCUAACACCCAAUAAAACCCAAAUUCUGGAUUGGAAGAAGAAAAGUCAAUUGGCACGCAAAAAGCGAUCAUAUGGUGAAUUUGACCCAAAUUGCGAUUCCGAAAUUUAUGAUUGGAGUGAGGGAAAGAGGGUCGCCGCUUCUAUUUUUCUACCAUGGUACGUGGCAGCGAAAGCCCUCGGUGAGAUUUCUCACCUGGGGUGUUGGAUGAGUAAGCAGGCCAACGCUAUGUCUGCUGCAUUAUCAGACCUCUUGGCAGAAGAGACCACCAGGCACGCCACCUUACAGAACAGAGCGGCCAUUGAUUUUCUGCUGCUCUCCCAUGGCCAUAGCUGCGAGGACUUGGAAGGGAUGUGCUGCUUCAAUCUGACAUUGAAGAGCACAUCCAUCCAAGCCAACAUCCAGCGGAUCCAGGCGUUGGUCAAAGACUUAAAGACUGAAACCAGGGCUGUGGAUGCGGUGAACAAGACCUUCUCCCAGUGGGGUGUUCCUGGGUGGGCCGUGCCAAUCGUUAAAGGUUUAAUUUGGAUUUUGAUUAUUAUUUUCUUAAUUUCUGUAGCCUUAACUAUCUUUAAGAAAAUGUUAACGAGGAACUUGGGGAAUGUUUAUUUAAUAAAUCAGAAAGGGGGAGUUGUGGGAGGGGUUCCUGCUCUCCCUUGGAGGCAGCAACAGUUUAGAAAAGGUUGCCAAUCAAAUGCUGCUCUCCACCCCAGAAGAGCUGUCCAUCAAUGUUUCGCAUACUCCCCAGUUCCAGAAAGCUCACUUAUUCUGUUGUCCCCAUUGGCUCCUGUUAGAAUACCACUCCUCCUCUGUACCCUGAUUAGUUCUCUGUCUGUCACCCCACUCUGUCUCCCCCCCUUUACCCGUUGCCCGUUGGCUGUUUUGUACCCUAACCACUCCCACUUCUUUGCCCUUAAUACCCAGCGCUGCCUUUCCUCGGGGCUCCCGGAGUUCGCUCCCUUCUGGAGAGUUUGUGUCACUCGUUUCACCCUGCUGUUCCUGCAACGCUCCUGAAAUAAAGCCUCUAGGAAUAAAGCCACUUCGGAGCCCUCUCGUCCUUACG